GAGACUAGCUAGCCACACCUAGAUCAACAUUAGAAAUUUACCAAGAGACUAUAUAGACUAGAAAUUUACCAAGAGACUAGACUAAAUAGGCUAGGCUUGCGCUUAUUACUAGCGUGUUCACUGAAUUACAAGAUGAUUAAUAGAGCGUCGGUUCUGUGGUCGUUGUCGGGAGCCAUUUUACUGGCGAUAUGCUUACAAGGCAACGCCCAACUCUGUGAACGACAGCGGGGCUCGUGUAGAUCCUGUAUCAGCACCUUAGGCUGCUCAUGGUGUACGGACAUGAUCUUCAAUGGUACGUCACGUUGCUUCAACAGCAGCACUAGCAUAGGGUGUGCACUGGCUGAGAACCCGUCCGGAAGUGUGGGCAAUGCAACCAAUAACAUUGGAGAUGGAAAUCCGGUCAAUAUUAAGAACAUUGACUUAACGUUGAGAGUUGGACAAGCUCAGGAGUUCUCAGUUAGUAUAACUGCCCUCCGGAACUUGCCCCUUGACCUCUAUAUCUUGAUGGAUUUGUCGGGGUCCAUGUCUAAUGUGUUGGCGUCUGUGCAGGAAAUAGCAGGAGAUAUCACUGGAACUAUACAAAACAUCACUAACAAUGUACAACUUGGGUUUGGAAGUUUCAACGACAAAGUUUUGCUUCCUUUCACAAAUCCUGUAAUUAUUGACCCAUUGGAAUCUUAUGCAUUUCGCCAUCGCAUUGAUUUCACCAGUAAUAUCGCAAAUUUUGAGAGUGCAAUUAAUAGUGUCGUGACAACGAUCAAUCUAGACGCCUCUGAGAACACCCUGGAAGCGUUGGCACAGGUUAUAUCAUGUGACAGUCUGCUCGGCUGGAGGAGUAGGAACAACACACAGGUAGCUCGUCUGGUGUUACUCAUGACUGACCAGGGCUUCCAUUUUUCAGGCGAAGGAAAGCUGGCUGGCAUCCUCCAACCCUAUAGGGGGGAGUGUCUCCUGGAACGUAUGCCCGGGGUGGAGCAAAUCGACUUAUUAAAGUUUGAUACAGUUGAUUACCCCUCAGUUGGUCAGAUAGUGGACCUUAUUCGCAGACAAGAUAUUAACGUUAUCUUCAAUGUACUGGACAACGUGCGCCCUACAUACGAAGAGCUGGUCGCUUUCACUAACGAACGUGCCACUGUGGCAUCAUUACAGAUAGCGGCGGGUGGUGGACAAGAGAUCCUCAACACUAUCGAAGAUGAAUACAGGAGGCUGCUUAGAGAAAUCAUUCUUGAACAACUUAAUCCAUCAGAUCAGUUUAGCAUCACAAUCACUCCAAUGUGUCCAGCAGGGUCCAAUUUGACAAUGAAUGGCAACGGAUGUGACGGGGUACAACUUGACGAGACGGCCGUUUUCACUGUCUCUGUAACUCUCAACAAUUGUAAUGAACUGGGCAAUGGAGAGACAAGAGUGCUACUUUUUGAGUCGAGAGCUUUCGGAACUUUCACUGUAACAGUGUUUGGUGUGUGCCAGUGUGACUGUGAGGAAGAUGAGGUUGAAAAUGCUGCUCGGUGCUCUGGUAAUGGUGCCUUCUCCUGCGGUGUGUGUGUGUGCAAUGAACCAUACUGUGGCACCAACUGCAGUCUAAUCAUCGACCCCAACAAUGGCGGAGGAGCUAACAAUUGCCCGCUGGGUGGCUCUGUUUUCGGCAACCAGAUGUGCUCUGGACGAGGGGAUUGCGAUUGUGCGUGUAACUGUGAUAGGACACCCGGCACUUUUGGAACUGCUUGUGAAUGCGAUACUUUUUCAGUUAUGUGCAUGGCGGACGAAAAUGAUAAUGAAAUCUGCUCUGGUCGUGGUAUGUGCUGUAACGAAGAGUGUGACUGCGGUAUGUCCCCUCAGGGAAACAGAUACCGUGGCCGCCUGUGUGAGUGUGAACCUGCGGAGGAGAUCUGCACUUAUAAUGAACAAGUGUGCAAUUCGCAAGGAACGUGUCAGUGUAACGGGUGUGACUGCAAUAACGAUUGGGGCGGACUAUUCUGUGAAAUACCAAGGCUGACUCGGUGUGUCGGAAUGGGCGUGGAGAUUGACACAAACUGUAUUAUCGCAUGUCGUGAAUCUGACCCCAUCCCCGACCAGUGCGUGGUGGACGAGUGUAAUGUGAAUCGACCAACUUUAUUUGUGAACAUGGCUGAAAUCGAAACUGAUACUGAAAAUGCGGUAGAGGCUAUUGCUAACAGUCGACUGGACUCUGCCUCUGAAUUCAGGCUGGGUGGAAAUUCGAGUGAUGGAACUUCAUUUAUAUGUACCCCCCAGAUCGGGGAAUGUACUAAUACAUACUACAUUCUAGAUAACGGCACGCACAUUGCUAUUGUCGUGGAAAGGGAGCAAGAUUGCCCUGCAAUGCAGUUGCCCAUCCCAGCGUAUGCCAUUGGUAUCAUCAGUUUAGGAGUCCUAAUCCUCCUCGGCAUCCUCAUCAUUAUCCUUGUUAAAAUCAUCUUCGUUAUCUUGGACUACAUAGAGGUGCAGAGGUGGCAGAGAGAGGCCGGGGAAGCUGACUUCUCAAAGAAUCAAAACCCCCUUUACCAAAGUCCUGAAAUGCAGUACACGAAUGUUGCGUAUGGAAAAGCUCUGUAGUUUUUAUUUAUUAGCCAUAUUGACUCGAUCAACUGUAAUAGCCGUUAGCUUAAAUUUGACUCUGUAGAUUUCCACAGCUCUGUUUCUUAUUUCUGAAUACAUAAAUAAUUUAUUAUGCCUGCAUGUGUGUUUGUAACCAUUAUAAUGAUUAUUAUUCAACCAAAGAAUAA